AUGGAGUCGGUGUGGUGUCACGACUGCCGCGCCCGCGUUGACGUCGCCGCGGAUGCCCUGGACGACGCCGCCGACGUCCCGUCGUGUCCGUCGUGCUCGAGCGUUUUCUUGGAGCGAAGACCGAGCGCGAACGAACGAGAAGGAAGCUCUCGAGGCGUCUUAUCCGUCGUCUUCGGGCCCACGAUGACCCUCCUUCCGCUCGGCGCGUUCGGAGAGAUCGACUUCACGCAGUUCGACACUCGAAACUUCGACGCGCCGUGCGCUGCGGCGACGGUAGAGGCGCUCCCAGAGCGAGACGCAAGAGACGCGGGACUGGCGAGCGGCGCGACGUGCUCGGUGUGCCUGAGCGAGUACGAGGGCGAUGAGCGAGUGAAGACGAUUCCGAGAUGUUCGCACACUUUUCACACGAAGUGUCUGUGCGAGUGGUUGAAGAUGCGGGACACGUGUCCGGUAUGUAGGUGCAAGAUCGAGGAAACGAAGGCGGACGGGGGUGAUGCGAACGAAUAG